UAAAAAUUAAAACGAAAUUUUUGAAUAAAUUUGUCGCAUAUGGUCGCCAAUGUACCCGAUGACACUCAUCGACGACGCUUGACAGUUCUUUUUGUCUGAAAUCGCAAAAGAUUCACGUGGAAGACAACAAAUAAUCGUUCCACAAUGGGUAAGAUUAUGAAAAACGGAAAGGUCGUCCUUGUCUUGUCAGGACGCUAUUCUGGGCGCAAAGCCAUCAUUUUGAAGACAUUCGAUGAUGGAACUCCAGACAAGCAAUUCGGACAUGCCUUGGUUGCUGGCAUCGAUCGUUAUCCCAAACGCGUGACACGCAGAAUGAACAAGGCCAAGAUCCACAAAAAGUCCAAGAUUAAGCCUUUCAUCAAGAUGGUCAACUACAACCACAUGAUGCCCACACGUUACAGCGUUCCCGAUGUCACCUUGGAUGCCAAAUACUCGCCCAAGGACUUGAAGGACCCCAUUAAGCGCAAAAAGGCCCGUCACGCCAUCAGAUUGAAGUUCGAGGACAGAUACAAGAGCGGCAAGAACAAAUGGUUCUUCCAAAAGCUCCGUUUCUAAACAACAACAACAAUUUGGAAAUGUUAUGAAAAAUUGGGCAAAACAACAACUUGCUCAUUGAUGAAACAAGAAAAAAAUAAUAAAUGGACUAUAUCUGGUACAUUCUCUGCAAAA